UAAGGUUCGUCAAAUCCUCUUUUACUCCCUUCCUAAACUCUCCACUCUUACAGUCCUAUCUCUUAACUCUUUCACUAGCCUCACCUUAUCUCAUUCUCUCCUCCAAUCUCCAACAAUGGCAUCAACAACCAUGGCUACCCUCAAUCUCCCAUCUCUCUGUUCUCACCCAACACACUCUUCCUUCCCAAAACACCAACCAACCCUUCAAUUUCCUUUCCGCACAACCACCAAUCUCUCAUUCUCUUCUACUCGUCUCCGCCCAAUUUCCGCAGUCGAAACCCCAGAAAAAAUCGAGCAAUUGGGUACUCAACUUUCAAGCCUUACACUCGAAGAAGCUAGAAUUCUCGUUGAUUGGCUUCAAGACAAGUUAGGAGUAUCGGCAGCAUCAUUCGCACCCGCUGCUGUUGUUGCGGCACCGGGUGCUGGAGGUGCUGAAGCUGCUGCUGCCGUAGAAGAGAAAACCGAAUUUGAUGUAUCAAUUGAUGAAGUUCCAAGUAAUGCCAGAAUUGCAGUUAUCAAAGCUGUUAGGGCUUUGACUAGUUUGGGUCUAAAAGAAGCUAAAGAAUUGAUUGAAGGUUUGCCUAAGAAAUUGAAGGAAGGUGUUUCUAAGGAAGAUGCUGAAGAUGCUAAGAAACAACUUGAAGAAGCUGGUGCUAAGGUUUCCAUUGUUUAAUUUUUGAUUUUAUGGUUUUGAUUUUGGUUUUGUAAUUUGGUAAAUUUUGUUGGGGUUUUGAUUAAAGUAAUGAAUAUAAGGGGGGAGGCUGGGUUUAAUUCUUAAUUGUGUUUUUUAAAGAUAGAAAGAUGGUUGUUUCUGCAUUUCUCAAUUCUGAUUUAUCCUUUGUAGGUAUGACUUUGGUUUUGUUUAUAUAUUCCUUGUCCCAUUCAA